UUCAUGUGCAUUAGUUUAAACCACGGCGUAAUAAGAAGCCGGGACGGCAUUAUGCAUAACCUAAAAAAUUGAAUCUAACCAAGUUUUGCGUUUGUAAACAUAACUUCGUUUCUUUUUGAAUAAAUCCACUUUCCGUUGGAGAGUUCCAUUACAUAUAAAUCACAAUGGAUAUUCGUCCAAAUAAUACGAUAUACAUAAACAACCUUAAUGAGAAGAUUAAAAAAGACGAGCUAAAGAAAUCGCUUUAUGCAAUAUUCUCACAGUUUGGUCAAAUACUUGACAUUAUUGCCCUAAAAACAUUGAAAAUGCGUGGUCAAGCUUUUGUGAUUUUCAAAGAAAUCGCUAGUGCUACAAAUGCGCUCAGAUCGAUGCAAGGAUUUCCAUUUUACGACAAACCAAUGAGGAUACAGUAUUCAAAAACGGAUAGCGACGUGAUAGCAAAGAUAAAGGGAACGUUCGCGGAAAGACCAAAGAAACCGAAGCGCAUGCCAGCGUUACAGGAAGAGGAGCCAAAACGAACGAAAAAACGUUCGAAGGAUCAGUCGAAAAAUUCGCAAACGGCUGGUUAUCAUCCGAGCAGCGUAACGCCACACGCGGCUAUAAUAAAUACUGCUGUACCGGAACAGCCACCUAAUCAAAUUCUCUUCCUCACGAAUUUACCGGACGAAACAAGCGAAAUGAUGCUUUCGAUGUUGUUCAAUCAAUUCCCCGGCUUUAAAGAAGUACGUCUUGUACCGAAUCGUCACGACAUAGCGUUCGUCGAGUUUGAGAACGAGGUACAGUCCGGUGCAGCCAAGGACGCUCUUCAAGGUUUCAAAAUAACCCCGUCCCACGCAAUGAAAAUAUCCUUCGCCAAAAAAUAAUAAAUUCACAUUCGAUCAUUGUAAAAAAUCAUAUCUACGACCAACUUAUACAACACACUGGUAUCUACUUAUUAGCACUUCGGUUUUUUCGCUCGAACUCGCUGUAAAAAUCCAUACACAAGCUUGGUUUUUUCAUUUUCGCAUACAUCAUUUCCGUGAAAAUAGUGGAAGAUCGAUUUGUUAAAAUAAUUAUUUUUCGAUCUUGAUGAGCGUUAGUUCGGUCGUCAGUGUCUCUGUCAUUCCCAUCUGAAAGUUGGAUAAAAUUGAUGUAAUUUCUCUUUGAUUACUGUGUCGUAGCAUGGACAUUUGCUCUGGUUUCACAAGUAUAGGAAAAAAAUCAUCGGAUUUGAAUAAAAUAAGUAAUUUCUAA